GUGAUUUUCACAAAUGUUCAAGGGGUGGAAGUUCAUCUGGAAGAAAUUCAAUAACGUGCACGAUGACCGGUUUUUCAGUAUCUUAUCAUGAAUAUCAAGUUCUGGAUCUAAAACGACUUUUUGGUCCUGAAAUCCUUAACCUUCCAGGGAUUAUACCUCACCUACCACUCGUCUUCUUUUCUGCGCUGUUUUACCAGUUUGUUUACACCAUUAUUGGGCCCUGGUUGCUCCAUUUCAAACCACGCAAUCCCAAUGUUCCCUCUACUGAAUUGUCUCGAUUUUACUGGAAUAGUAAUACUGUCAGCAUUGCGCAGUCUAUCAUCAACUCUGCACUUGCUGUCUAUGUUCUAUUACAUGCUGAAUUCAGAGAAGGCCUUACAGCCCAAGAGAGAAUUCUUGGAUAUCAUUCGGAAACAGCGGCUGCACUUGCUGUUUCUACAGGAUAUUUUUGCUUCCAUCUAGUAAACGUUUGGAUACAUAAAAAGUCUGAAGGAAACUUCAUGUUCGCACAUUCUGUUUGUGCUCUCUGCGCAGUUUGUUUGGGUUUUGUAGGUUUUCUUCCAGGUGCGCUUACCAAUAUUCGUUCUGACUCAAAUAGCGACCACUGUCUCUGCAUUACAAUGCACACCUUAUGAUAUGGGAGGUGAGUACCCUGUUUCUGUCGAACAGACCCAUGCUUCGCACAGACACUUCUCCAACUCCUGAUAUAAGCGAAGUCAAUUAGCAUACUGAAUCCGAGAUUUUGUAGCUUCCAAACAUAUUCUUGAACAUACAAAGACAAUUGGAUAGCGCGGGACUCAAAAGUGCCUUGACUCCAAAGGUUAAUCGAUUGAUACUAUUGGCAACCUACAUCGUGGUAAGACUUGGAACAGGAAGUUUGACAUUGUGGUGGAUGGCUUCAGACAUGCUCGCCACACUCUGAGAUCCAAUACCAGUCCCGCAAACAAUAAUAGGGGCUGACCAUUCCACGAUAAAUGUCUCAGAAGCCCAGCUACCAGUCGCACUUGCGAUUGUUCAGCUAGGUGCAUUAUUUUGGUUGCAUUACCAAGGAUUCUAUUGGUUUGCCAAAAUCGUCACAAAAGGAGAUUUGAAGAAGGAAAAGGUAUAGGAUCAAUUUCAGAAAACUCGGUCUCGUUGAGGUGGCAGUAGAAGACGUUACUGGCCACCCCAAUCAUUAUGGGAUUUUUUGUAGAUUCCAGCUUCGAUAUUUUGCC